UAAUAAACUCGUAGAUACUUUGUGUGUGACGCAGCAGCCCUAAUAAAAGUGGAAUCUUACUUAAAGGGCUUUAAUUGUGCGUGGGCCAAGCCCCACUGAAUUAUCUCAAAGAUACUCGUUAGAUUGGCCAUCUUAAGUGCAUCAGUAGCCGAAAGUUUGUGUGUGUGGCGUGUUUUUUAAAUGUCUGAUACGAACAAAGAAACAAAAGUUCUCUUUGACAACGAACACUUUGGGAUUAUCUAAUACGCAAUCUGUUUUGGAGAGAAAACUUACGCAUCAAGCAAAACAAUAUUUAUAAAUAGAGCACAAAACUAAAACUACGAAGAAAUCAAAAUGAAAAGUGCAGCAUAGAAAACAAAACCAAAAGCCAAAGAAAAUCCAAACAAAAUGUGCAACCAAUCAAUGGAGUUGAACCGCUUAAAAAAAAGAGCCAAUAACUAAAAAUAAAAAAGUAGGAGAAAACGAAGAGACUCUGCCAAGAACUUGGCAACAUCCAACGCAGCGUUGGUCCGCAGCGGACUGGCCAAAAAUAAACCGGCAGCAACAUUCGCUUGCAACUAGAUGUUGUUGCUGCUGCUCGCCUUCAUCAUGCGAUUCGUAGACAUUUCCAAACGCUGUGCCGCCUGCUCCAGGGCCGGAAUCGAUUGCCCGCACAGCGGCAACACCAACAGCAAGAGCAACCACGAUGCCAACGGCAAUUCGGCCUGCUGGCAACAUGUUGCCGGUGCCACCAGCAACAGCAGCAGCACCAGCAGCGGCUGCGACAGCAACAGCUCCUCCAAGGAGAACUACUAUGUGCCACAGCAACACCGUCAGAGGGAAAGGGCCAAGCCCAACAGCAACAUUGGCGUUACCCCCCAGCAACUGGAGCAGAUUCGCUUCUACCAGCGCAUGCAGCAGCAGCAGUUGCAACUAUUGCAGCAGCAAUUGCUGCAGCGGCGACGCCUGCAACAACAAUUGCUCGAACAGGGCGUGCCAUCGCCACCGGCGACAACGACAACAUCAGCGGGUCUCACCUGCAAUCAACAGUAUUUGCGACAGCAGCGACUGCAGCAGCAGCGAUAUGUGGACCACAAUAGCAACAGCAACAAUGACAAUGACUAUCUGAACAACUAUCUGAACAACAACAUUAACCAUCAAAACAAUGGCAAAGUUGUGGGCCAAGGAACCAAACUUCGACGUGGCAUGACAGAAUUCUCAACAAACAACGAUCACAGCAAGCCGCAUUUCACCGCAUCAUCUCAGCAGAAACCCCUCCAGAACUCACCCAUCCACCAGCAGGCAUUCACUCCAUCCAAUCCCAACUCUCAUCCACAUUUGCUUCAACGCUUGGCCCAACAGUAUAAUAAGUUUCAGCAGACCCUGCCCUUUAGCCAGCUGAACAACGGCAACAACACGGCUGCCCCAUCGCCACAUUCCCCGCUCAGCUACCGGAAUCCGCUGAACAGUCCCAGCAACUCGCCGUUCAGCAACACGGCGCACACGACGACGAUUGGCAAGCGGUACCAGCAGCAGCAGCUGACCGAUCGCCUGUUGCAGCAGCAACAUCUGCAGCAGUGCCAGCAGCAGCAACUGCAAUCGGUGGGCAGCAGCGAUGUGGAGGAGGAUGCCGCCGGCGAGGAACUGAGCGAGGAGAGUCUCAAGCAGAAUGUGGCCAUUGUGCUGAGCAACUUGGAUCGCUAUAACAACGCGUUGCGCAGCAUAAUCCUGAAUGAGCAGGUGAGCAGCAGCAGCCUCAUCACUCCGAGCGACAGUCAACUGUUUGGCGAGGACUCGAGCGGUCUGCUCUACUGCGACAACGACAACAGCUCCAGGAAGCUCCAGGGCAACAAUAACUUUGUCCUGGGCAAGAUGGCGGCCACGCCGGAGUCGGAUUACAACAGCAAUGCCACGACGCCAGGAGGUCGCAGCAACGAGCAGCAGUUGCAGCAGCAGCAGCAGCAACAACUUGGGGUAGGUGGGAUGCUUUGUGGUGGUGGCGGGAUGCGGGAAACUACUAAUGGUGGCAGCAACGGUGGCAACAAUCUCAUCUGCUCGUUGGCCUCGUCGCACGACUUUACUCACGACAAUUCCGAUUACCAGUGGUUCCUGGACUACGGCUAUCGAGAUGGCUGCGGCGGAAUGCAGCGAAGUGUUCUAAGUUCCCUUUCGGCCUCUUACAAUGCGAUGGGGGAUUUGAUCUACUAUGAGGAUCUGGCCAAGAACCUGGACGCCAAUCUGGCCGAGGUGGACAUGGAGAGCUUUCGGGCGGAGGAUAUACAUUCCCUGCUCUCGCAGCUCCCCGCCUAUUGCAAGAGUUUGGGCGGGGCCAAUAGUCGGCUGCAGCAAUCGCUGCUCCUUCAGCAGCAGCAGCAGCAACAACAGCAGCAGCAGCAGCUGCAACAGCAACAGUUGCUGCACCACAGCAACAUGUUGCCGCACAACAUGUCCCAGACGUCGACCACCUCCACCAACGAACUGAUCGACAACUCCUUCUGCAAGUCGGAGCUGCUCUUUUCGCCGGUGAGGGAGUCGCACAUCUCGGUGGAUUCGCUGGACAUGGACGCCUAUCCGGAUGACGGGGAGAUCAUACUCACUUGCAACAAGGACAACUAUACGAUCGCCUUCGAGGGCAGUGUUUUAUAUUCGGAUGAUAGUUUCUAUGCGGAACCUAGUGACAUUGCCGCCAGAAACAAACAGAACUGCAUCAACUUGCACAGCAAUCUGGAGGACAUUGUGAAGCGCAACAAGGCCCUGGAGGUAUCCAUGUCGCGUUCGGCCCAGGCCUUCCAGCCCCUCUGUCCCAUGUCGCCCAAGGGACAGGCGGCCACAGGAGCGGCGGCCAAGCUACAGCGACGCUCGUUACUUCUUGUUUCGCCCGCACGCAGGUAUCCCUCGGGUAACAACAACACGGAGACCAUCACCAUAACCCGGCACCUACCGCAGUGCUCCGUGAGGAAGAGCAGCAGUCUGCCCAAUUUGCAGGGCGAGGAACUGAUGGCCGGCAGCAGUGGCCACCAGGAGCAGCGACCGGAGGAGCAGGCGGUGCCACUGAAUGUCUCUCAGGCGAUCAGCACCUCGACCAUGGAGUCGUCCAAGUCGAGGAGCCGGAACCUCCUGCCCAUGUGCCAGAUGCCCAUUUCCAUCAGUGUCUCGAUUUCGGAGCGACUGCAGCAGCAGGCGGCGAAUCAGCAGCAACUGCAGCAACAGCAGCUGCAGCAGCACAACCACUCGCACCACCAUCGCCACAAGCAUCGCUGCAGUUGCUCGCAGGAGAGCCAAUCCUCGGGCAACUCCUCCAAUCCGCCGGCCUUCAAUCUAGUCAAGCUGUUCAUCAAGCAGAAGAGCAGCAACAGCAGUGCUGGUGGUCAGGAUUUGGAUUUGGGUGCCCAGGCGAGUGGGCACACCUGCAUGGACGUCUCCUCCGGCUGCUGGCCGUCCAGUGAUGCGGCCAGCUCGAGCAGUGGCUCCCUGGAGCAGCGUCUGCGCAAGAAGAGUAUGAAUGACUCGGGCAAGGGAUCGGCUGUGAGUCGUCAUGACGAGGAGGAGCAGCACUACCCGCAGGAGCAGGAGACACCCAGGCGGCAGUUGAGAGCCCGAUCCGAGGCAGUUUUCUACGAUGAUGUGGCCACCUCCAGUUCCACGGGCUCGCUGACGGCGACCAAUUCGCCAGCACAUCGUAGGCGCAGCAUGCCGCUAAGGAAUCCCCAGCUGUACCAGCUGGCAGCCCAGGUUUCCACCGGCAGUCAGAUGUCCUCGGAGGCGAGCUCGGAGCAGCUGACCCAGGUGCCCAGGCGAGCGGAGGAGGCACGACCCCUGUCGUGCGCCUCCAGCUCCGAGAUGAUCACACGUUCCAUGCAGACCUCCUGCGGCUCACUGAGCACCACAAGGAGCAGCCUGAGCGAUCGUUACCGCUGUGUGCCGCCCUCGUUCCUCGAGAAACUCAAUAAUCUGGGAGAGCAGCGCCAGGCGCCCAUUUACGUGAUCUAUCCGAACUACGCCCUGCCCGACUUGGGCUUUGUUAAGACUAAUGCCAGCACCGAUGUGAUCUUCUCGCCCUUCAACUACAAGGAGACGCUGGACGGGGCAGCCGGGAGCAGCAGCAGUAGCUCGGGAUCCCUGAGGAAGCAGCGCAGCAGCAGCCAGAGCGUCAGCGAGGAGGAGAUCCUCAAGACGCUGGACUACAAGCACAUUGCCGACUGGCAGUCGUUGGCCACUUUGCUGCCAACGGAAUACCGCCGUCGGUUGCAGCACAUUCCCGAGGUGAAGCACCUGGUGCGGCAGCUGGAUGCGGAGCUAUCGCAGCGUCCGCUGUUCUGCAUGUCGCCACCGCUUCGCCGAAAUCGUACGCACAUCUGUGACUGUGCCAAGUACUUCCAGGGGCAGCAGCAGACUCAGCUGGACGAGGCCUCCAGCUCGGGAUCGAGUCAACAGCCCAGCUCCGGCUAUCGUGGCUCCUCCACGCUGCUCACCGACUCCGAGUUGGAUGUGGAUCCGCUGAAGCAGAUGUAUGUGUACCAGUACCAGGACCAACAGCGCAUGGAUUCGGGCGUGGAAACCCAAACGCCGCCGCAGCCCAUGCCCCGGAGUAUUCUGCGCAAGGCCCACUCGGCGCAGGCGCGCUCCAAGCGCAAUUCCAUGAUCGAGGCCCAGCAGACGCAGAAGCUCUCGAAGCUGGAGAAGCGGCGCAGUCUGCAGGAGCCACCGCACAACUAUGGACUGGGCUCCACUGACGAGCUGCUGGCGGAUGUCUUCGAGGAGGAGGAGCACAGCCAACAGCAGGCGCAGCCGGUGAAGCAGAGGCUUUCGCGCAAGGAUCUGGAUGCCAGGGCCCGGGCGGAGAACUUCCUGGCCUCGUUGCCGCGCUCCGAGCUCAAGUACUAUGCGGAGAUUGCGUCCAUCUUGGAGUCUUCCGGCGAGCAGGUGACCUACGAUGCUGCCGCUUUGAAAAAGGAGGUGAGCCGGGUGCUGAGCCAGCAGAAGAAGGUGUCCUUCAAUGACGAGGGCGUGGCGGCCGGACUGCAGCAGCAGCACGCCAAACGCUUUGCCACACCUCCCAAUUCCCCCAACAUCUCUGUGGCGGCACUGAAACGUGACACUCUGGACGUUCAGGAGCAGCGAAAGAUCGAGAGCAAUCGCUUCAAGCGCCUGCAAAUCCAGUGGGAGCUGAUGAGCAAGGACUCGAGUAUGCUGAAGGAGCUGGCCAGCGAAGCGGCCACCAAGAGCGGCGGCUCCACGCCCACCUCGGUCAACUCAACGGGCUCUAAUUCGGCGCCAAGGUCCAGGAUUCCACGACCAGUGAGCUAUCCAGCGGGCAGAAGUUCCACGCCCACUUCGUCACGUACCGCCCCCGUUAUGGCCACGCCCUCACCGGCUCGGCCCGCCAAUCCUAAGACUGUCACUAAAAGCCACACAAAACCCGGUCUUUUUACCUCCCCCCGCCCAAACAGACUCACCAGCGCCCAAGAAGCAGCCGGCGGAUCCAAGGUCAGCACCCGAUCGCCCAGCAGGAUGGUGCAGCCGAAGCGCUACAGCCUGGUCGGCACAACCACGCCCACAUCCGCCGCCCCCACUUCGGUCAGAGCACGUACGCCCACCAACCGAGUGGCGGUUACGGCGCCAAAUACGCCCAAGCGCCAGGCGGUGGCCCAGUCGCCCAGACCCACAUCACGAGUGCGUUGAGCGUCCACACAAGUCCAAGCGUCCAAGUCAUCCCAAUUAGUCAACGGCAGACAACAGACAGCAAACCCCCAAACACCCCAAGAAAAAAAA